CAGAGCCAGGACAGGAUGGAGAGGAGACGGGUCACCUCAGCGGCUCGCCGCUCCUAUGUCUCCUCCUCAGAGAUGGGGAUGGGGGGCCGCCGCCUGGGUCCUGGCACCCGCCUGUCCCUGGCUCGAAUGCCGCCUCCACUCCCGGCCCGGGUGGACUUCUCCUUGGCCGGGGCGCUCAGCUCCGGCUUCAAGGAGACCCGGGCCAGUGAGCGGGCGGAGAUGAUGGAGCUCAAUGACCGCUUCGCCAGCUACAUCGAGAAGGUGCGCUUCCUGGAACAGCAGAACAAGGCGCUGGCUGCCGAGCUGAACCAGCUGCGGGCCAAGGAGCCCACCAAGCUUGCCGACGUCUACCAGGCGGAGCUGCGCGAGCUGCGGCUGCGGCUUGAUCAACUUACCGCCAACAGCGCCCGGCUCGAGGUGGAGAGGGACAAUCUGGCGCAGGACCUGGGCACCCUGAGGCAGAAGCUCCAGGAUGAAACCAACCUGAGGCUGGAGGCUGAGAACAACCUGGCUGCCUAUCGACAGGAGGCAGAUGAAGCCACCCUGGGCCGUCUGGAUCUGGAGAGGAAGACUGAGUCUCUGGAGGAGGAAAUCCGGUUCUGGAGGAAGAUCCAUGAGGAGGAGGUGCGGGAGCUCCAGGAGCAGCUAGCUCAGCAGCAGGUCCACGUGGAGAUGGAUGUGGCCAAGCCCGACCUCACAGCAGCCCUGAGAGAGAUCCGUACGCAGUACGAGGCAGUGGCGUCCAGCAACAUGCAUGAGGCGGAGGAGUGGUACCGGUCCAAGUUUGCGGACUUGACGGACGCCGCUGCCCGCAACGCGGAGCUGCUCCGCCAGGCCAAGCACGAGGCCAACGACUACCGGCGCCAGCUGCAGGCCUUAACCUGCGACCUAGAGUCCUUGCGCGGCACGAACGAGUCCCUGGAGAGGCAGAUGCGGGAGCAGGAAGAGCGCCACGCGCGGGAGGCGGCGAGUUACCAGGAGGCGCUGGCCCGGCUGGAAGAGGAGGGGCAGAGCCUCAAGGACGAGAUGGCCCGCCACCUGCAGGAGUACCAGGACCUGCUCAACGUUAAACUGGCCCUGGACAUCGAGAUCGCCACCUACAGGAAGCUGCUGGAGGGCGAGGAGAACCGCAUCACCAUUCCUGUGCAGACCUUCUCCAACCUGCAGAUCCGAGGGGGCAAAAGCACCAAAGAAGGGGAAGGUCACAAGGUCACAAGACAUCUCAAAAGCCUCACAAUACAAGUUAUACCAAUACAGGCUCACCAGAUUGUAAAUGGAGCCCCGCCGGCUCUCGAAACCAGCCUGGACACCAAUUCCAUGUCAGAAGGCCACCUCAAGAGGAACAUCGUGGUGAAGACCGUGGAGAUGCGGGAUGGAGAGGUCAUUAAGGAGUCCAAGCAGGAGCACAAGGAUGUGAUGUGA